AUGCACUGCGUGGCCCCGCGCCUGGCCGUGCCUCUGCGCCCCUCGGUGCCUUCACCUCUUGGCCUUGGCUUGCGGCGCAGUUGGCUGGUGCGGCCGGGGCCCAGCUCACGAGGUAUCGCUCAGUGGCUCCCCUGGCUCACGGCCCUCGCCGGCAUGGCUCGGGCUGCGGGAUCGCGGCCUCGAGUUGACUCCCACCUGCACCUGUGGACCCCGGAUGAGAAGGCAUUUCCCUGGGACUCUGCCCCUCCGGAGCAGCUGAACUCAGAUGGCCGAGCCACCCACGAGGAGUUCUUGAAGCGAAUGGAUGAAAGUGGCAUUCGAAGGGCGGUUGUGGUGCAGCCGAUCAACUAUGGCCAGGAUUAUUCCUACCUUCUGGAUGCCAUGCGUCAGCACCCGGGGCGCCUGUGCGGGGUCUUCGUGGCGGACCCGACGGUGGGCGCAGACGCGGCUGAGAAGUGGCUGGAAGGACUUGCUUCGAGCUCGAAGGGGUGGGUGGGUGUGCGCUUCAACCCCUACAAGUGGCCUGCAGGUCAGAGCAUGGCCGACGCCACCGGGAAGGCGCUAUUCGGCAAGGCGGGCGAGCUGCGGCUUCCUGUGGGUUUUAUGCCAUUCAAAGGCCUGAGCCAGCAUGUGGAGGACAUCGAGGCGCUGAUGAAGAGUUCGCCCGAAACGCAGGUAAUCAUCGAUCACUGGGGUUUCUUCCUCCAGCCCGCCACGGGUUUCGGCGAGCGGUCGCUGGACGAGGCGAGCUGGGACGCCCUUUUGAAGUUGAGCGCCUACCCGCAGGUGCACGUAAAGAUCUCAGCGCUCUUCCGUGUCUCCAUGGCGAAGACUCCAUUCCCCGAGCUGUCGGAGCGUCUGAAGAAGCUGCUGGAGAUGUUUGGCUCCAGCCGGCUGCUUUGGGGAUCUGACUUCCCGUACGCCACAGAGCACUCCAGCUACGCCGAGGCUGUGAUGGCGCCGGAGUCCUGGCCUGCCUGGGCUGAGAUGUCCGAGGAGGACCGCACCAACUUGGUCCACGACACGGCCGCACGGCUCUACGGCCUUCCCCUCGCCACUGGUGCAGGGGAGCUCUGA